UAGCCUGGAUAGCAGAUGGAAUAUGGAACCUCAACAACAGAUAGCACCCCAAACAUUGAGGGACAAAAGCUAAGGGGCGUAAUGUCUUGUCGCUUCUACGGGUCAGAUGACGAAACCGCAGCCACGCGGGCUGAGAGCAAAGAAAGCAGCAUGGGCGCGCUAGACAAACUGAGGACGGGGCUCCCUGCCGGCCUGCGGGUAGUUCGUCCGCCGCUGCUGCCGCCGCCAGAGAACCGCGACACCGCCCAACUCCACCUCCAGCGACCUCUCGCUCCCGAAGCGCAAGCCGCUCUCUACGUUCACUGGCCCUAUUGUGAGAAACGCUGCAGCUACUGCAACUUCAACAAGUACAUUCCCCGAAAUCUUGAUGAGCAGAGGAUGAGGAACUGCCUCAUUCAGGAGGCCCAGACCUUGAUUCAGCUCAGUGGUACUCACAGAAUCACAUCAGUAUUCUUCGGUGGAGGGACACCAAGCUUGGCCAACCCACUCACCAUUGGUGCUGUCCUGGAUACCAUUUCCCAGUGUGCCUAUUUAGCAGAAGGCACUGAGGUUACAUUGGAAGCCAAUCCCACUUCAGCAGAUUCCUCAUGCCUUGCCAAGUUCCAGAAAGCUGGUGUCAACCGCCUCUCCAUUGGCAUCCAGUCACUUAAUGAUACAGAACUGAAGCUCCUUGGAAGGAAUCACACAGCUUGUGAUGCUCUGCGAACUUUAGAAGAAGCCAAGAAACUCUUUCCAGGCCAUACAUCCAUUGACCUCAUCUUUGGACUCCCAGGCCAGACAACUGCAUCGUGGGUCCAGGGAUUGGAGGAGUCACUUGCAGUGUGUGAUGACCACAUCUCUCUGUACCAGCUGACGUUGGAGAGGGGUACCUCUCUUUUCAAGCAAGUCCACCAGGGCUUCCUGCCCAUGCUUGAUCUAGAUGUAGUAUCAGAGAUGUAUGAGCACGCACGGCACAUUCUGCAGAAUUCAGGUUUUCAUCAGUACGAAGUCUCCAAUUUUGCUAGGAAUGGGGCACUUAGUACUCACAACCUGUCCUAUUGGCAAGGCAAUCAAUAUAUUGGGAUUGGACCAGGAGCCCAUGGCAGAUUUGUGCCAUUGGGAGAUGGCAAGAUCCACCGGGAGGCCAGAAUACAGACUUUGGAGCCAGAUGUAUGGAUGAAGGAGGUGUUGGCCUUUGGGCAUGGGACCCGGAAGCAGACUGAACUCGGUAAACUGGAUGUACUAGAAGAGGUUCUGAUGUUGGGGCUUCGUACAGAUACAGGAAUUACACACCAGCACUGGCUGCAGUUUGCCCCUAACUUCAGCCUGUGGGAUGUGUUUGGAGAAUCAGAGGAAGUAAAAGACCUGGAGGAGCAUAGUUUGCUACUUCUAGACAACAGAGGACUUAGGUGUUCUUGGAAAGGUCUGGCUGUGUUGGACUCUUUGCUGCUGACGCUUCUUAAUCAGCUCCAGCAAGCGUGGAUGAAAAGAGAGAAAACAUUCAAUCAAACCUGAAGUCUGUAAGCUGUACUCAAGGAACCUGCAAUGAAGCAGAACAGAAAGGGCCUCUUAAGUUGGAGGUUGAGGGGUAUUCAAAUGUUGUUUCCAGUCUGGAAGGUUUUCAAAUGUAGAAGUAAGAUGGAUAGGAAUUUGUUUCUGCAAUUAAGCUGGUAAGUUGGCUAUACUAAUUAGGUGCAAGACUUGGUCUGGAGAGCGUUUGCCCCUUUGUAACAAGAUGGAAGAAAGCGUGGCGGAUGGCACUAUGCCUAUACAGGAAAUAAAGAAAGCAUGAAAUAUCUUUAGGCUAUAUAAUGAAUUGAUUAAAUGUGAACUGGUUUUCAUUAACUGAAAUAGUCUACUCUUAUGAGUGCACAAAAAAUAUUGUUUUCUGUAGGAGGAAAUUAUCAUGGGAACAACAAAAGAUUUGUGUGUUGUAUCCAGACGGCACUUUCCCCUUCUUGUGGUUUGAUGCUGGAGAGUACAGCUGUGAGGGUGAAAGUGCCUUUCCCUCUUGGAUUCCCCCUGCACUCAAGAGUAGGAAGCCAGCAAUGCUCCUGUGGAAGUAACUCAACACAUCCUCCUACAGUGCUGGUCCCAGAAUCUACUUCAUGUUUGACCUGUUGGGUGCCAUGGGCUUUAUUUCAAAUGCUAAGAGACUUGUUCCAUUCUGCUUCUCACCAAGGGCAGAUCUUGAAUUAGUUCAAGCCAGUCCGCUGGAUUUUCUGUUUAUUGGCCCUCUUUUAUCUGGCUCAGAUAACCUGACCUGCAUUUUAUUGCAUUACCUGUAGUGAUGGAACACAAAAAUGUAUCUUUUUCCUAGUCAGGACUAGAGAUGGGGACGAAUUUUGGCAUUUUCAGAUUUGUUACCAAACUCUAUCAGAAUCUGUAAAUCCUAUAUGUCUUUGGAUCGGGUUUGACUAAUGCUUGUGACUGUCAGUGACACAGGCUUUUUAAAAAUAAAAUAAAAUCCAGGGCUAAUUUGACAUUAAACAGCUUUGCUCUGAA